GCAUGGAUGCAGGCCUUGCCUGGCUCCCCUGCAGGUCUGGAGUCCGGUUUAGGAACAAGUGCGCCUACCUGAGGUUCAGCUGUGCGAGCAGGAUCCGGACCUACCUGAGAGAGGUGAGCUCGCACGCGUCUGUGGUGGGUGCACAGGCUCGGGAGGAGUAUGCGCGGGCCGUGGCCGCCAUGGCCCAGAAGCUCAGGGCCGCGCAGUACAACGGCAGCUACUUCGACAGGGGCGCCAAGGGCGGCGGCCGGCUCUGCACGCCCGAAGGCUGGUUCUCCUGCCAGGGUCCUUUCGACAUGGCCGACUGUGCGUCCAGACACUCUAUCAACCCCUACGGCAGCCGGGAGAGCCGGGUCCUCUUCAGCACCUGGAACCUGGACCACAUAAUAGAGAAGAAGCGCACGGUGAUCCCCGCGCUGGCGGCGGCGGCCGGCGCGGCCGGGAGGCAGGUGGACUGGGAGUACUUCUACAGCCUGCUCUUCACCUGCCAGAACCUCAAGCUGGUGCACAUCGCCUGCCACAAGAAGACCACCCACGGGCUCAGCUGCGACCCGCGCAGGAUCUACAGGCCCCAGGCCAAGCCCAGGAGGCGGGCUGCGCGCAAGCGCCCGUGACUCGGGCCGCGUCCUGGUGCCGUGCGGGAUUUUAACGGGUGCUAUUUUUCUGCCACUGCAAUAGCUUCUGAAAAACACGUUUACAGAAUCUCUCUAGAUUUCUGGCCUCAGCGCGUUUCGGCAUGUUUCCUGCGCCUGAGAGCUGCGGACACCGGGGCCUGGGGCCCGGUCGGCGGGUCAGGGACCGGAGUCCUCUGACUUGACCCACUCUGCUUGCUUGUGUGACACAGUUGCCAGGGGAACGGCGUCAUGGCCAAAGCCGCCACCCUUGCCCGAGGGACAGCUCUGCCGGGUCUCCACUCCCCAGACCGAAGCUCCAUCCUCUGGACUCUUCCAAAUGCUGGGAUCGUGACCCUUUCGGGGUGAACUGCUCACACCCCACAAGGAGCACAAGUGUGCUCGCUGCUGUGCCAUUGCGGCCGGAAGCGGGCCUCCCACACCUGUCAGAGGGGCGUGGCGAUCGUGGCCCCGCGCUCAGCCAUGAGAUCGCUGGCUUCUAGGCCAAGCGGUCAGGUGUUGUUGAUUUCACGGUUCAACCUAACACGCGUCACGAGGCCACGCUGUGCAGCAGCGCAGGUUUUUGUGACUGGACAUGGGAGCUGCCUGUUAAAUGCACCGGCAAGUGGCCUAACGCUAAGGCCACGAGUGUGUCACACACGUGCUAGUGUGAGGCAGCUCGUCUGUGCACAGCAGUGAUCCUGGGGACGGUGGGUGCGACGGUUAAAGGACUAAUGUUCUAAACCGUGUUUUAUAAGAGUCGGCCCUCGUGUCCACCGGCUUCGUGUCGCAGUUGGAAUCCUCGGAUGUGGAGGGCCGACUGCACACACUGCUUUUCCUCGUUCUACAUCAGGGCCUGAGCAUCCUCAGGUUUUUGGUGUUGGGGUGGGGGUUCUGGAACCAGCCUCCCGCGGGUACCGAGGAAUGCUUGUACUUGAAGUUUUUAAAAUGAGCAUUUAUUUCAGAAUUUUUAAAAUUUAGUUUUUUACCUUUUGUAACAUUGAAUUUUCACAUUUGUUGUAGAACCAGGAAAAGCAGUAAAAGUUUUUCACAAAUA